AUGACUUCUCUCAGCGUACUUUCAUGCAAAUUGUUGUUUAAGCUCACAAGCACUUCACACUGUGAACUUUAUUCUUUCUUCCCUUUAGUAUGUUACACCAUCUUUGAUUUCGAAGACCACGAUUUAUCAAAUCGGACGUUGAAUGGGACUGCAUUCAGUAAUCAGCCAACAUACGGAGACAACCCAUCAGAGAGGUUAAAAAAUGAUCCAACCCGGAAAGAACCGUCAAAACACCAAGGGCAUUGGUGGAUUGGCACCUACGAAAAUCGGUCUAGUCCUUCUCACCCGGCCGGAGAAAAACAAGACGAUGAACCUCAAGGCUCAAUGACGUCACCCGGUUUUUUAAUUGAUGCAAACUUUCUCACGUUCCUGAUUGGAGCAGGCUGUCAAAAUUUCGAGACUCGUGCUGAGCUUAUAGUUGACGGGGAUGUGGUUUUUGAAACGAACGCCGAAAGGCAUCAUCAUCCGUGCAUGGAAACUAUGUUUGAGAAAAAGUGGAACGUGUCGGGACUCACUGGUAGACAAGCUCAAUUGCGUUUGAUUGACCACUCUUCGGGAGACUGGGGUCACAUUAACUUUGAUCAUUUACAAGCUUGCCACAAACUACCUUAA